CGCCUCUCCCCCCUCCCCGCCGCGUCCCGCGCUUCUCCGGGUGCCGCAGUGGGGGGGCUCCGAGGAGUCCUCCUUCCCGCUUGUUGUGUCGCGCGGGCCGAGAGGGGGAGGGAGGAGGAGAAGAUGUUCGAGAGCCUGCGCGAGCGGCUGCUGAGCGUCCAGCAGGAUUUGACCUCGGGGCUGAAGACCUUGAGCGACAAAUCAAGAGAGACUAAAAUAAGCAAGCAGAGGUCUAUACAGUGUUCACCAGAGUUUUCUGCUGGAUUACUCUUAUUGAGCAAAUAUGAAGAUACUUGGGCAACUCUUCACAGAGGAGCAAAAGAAUGUGCAAAAGCUGGAGAGCUGGUGGAUAGUGAAGUUGUGAUGCUUUCUGCUCACUGGGAGAAGAAGAGAAGCAGUCUCUUAGACCUUCAGGAACAGCUCCAGCAAAUUCCGGGAUUUUUAGCAGAUUUGGAAUCUACAACCACUAGCUUGAUGCAACUGGAAGCAAAUUUUAAGGAAAUGGAAAAUCAUUUACUUUAUCUUGAAGACCUCUGUGGACAGUGUGAAUUGGAAAGAUACAAGCAUAUGCAAGUACUACAGCUUGAAAAUUACAAAAAGACUAAACGGAAAGAACUUGAGAUCUUCAAAGCUGAGCUUGAUGCAGAGCAUGCACAGAAGGUGUUGGCUAUGGAGCAUACCCAGCAAAUGAAGCUAAAGGAGCGGCAAAAGUUCUUUGAAGAAGCUUUUCAGCAGGACAUGGAACAGUAUCUCUCCACAGGCUAUCUGCAAAUAACUGACAGACGAGAGCCGAUUGGAAGCAUGUCUUCUAUGGAAGUAAAUGUGGACAUGUUGGAACAAAUGGACCUUGUGGAUAUGUCUGACCAAGAAGCCUUAGAUGUCUUCCUUAAUUCAGGAGGAGAGGACAGUACUAUGUCAUCUCCUAUGAUAGGAUCAGACAGCAGUACUGGUCAAAAUGAAAUUAGUCUUCAAGUUCCCACCCAGUCAGCGUUGAGAGAGUUGUCCUCCUCCUCUUCAGCCUGGACUGAUUCUGCCAGCCAAGAUGCCAGUGAAGGAGAAUCGCCUGUGAUCCAGUCCGAUGAGGAAGAUGUGCAAGUAGACACUGCCCUUGUUGCUGUAAAUACUGAAAUGAAAGGCCCUUCUGAUGUUAGUGAUGAGAGUGAUUCGCAAACAAUUUGAGUUAUCAUGGUGCUCUAAAGGAAUUAGGACCCUGGAAUGAAUGAGUGAGUAAAGAAGUAUUUUGAGCUUGCUUUUGUUACUCCAAUCUUAUAAUGAAAAAUAUUACCAUAUAUAAAACUUGAGUUUGACAGUCAUGAAAAUACUGAUUUUUAUUAAAAAUUUCUUGAAGCACACCAUUAGCAAUAAAGUGUUGGCUUUGGAAAAGUAAACCUUGUAUAUAAAGGAUUAUCCAAUGAACAAGUUGUUGUAAGGGUUCCUUUUAAAAUCCUCCAUAGGAACAUAAUACAGAAGCCAUGUUUGUUGUCA